UCUUUGGCGUGCAGGUGCGGUCCGUCACCCCAACCACAGCCGUCGGUCUCACCAUGAAGCUGCUGUCUACGCUGGUCGUGGUGGCGGCGGCAGCCGGCUGUGCCUCUGCCUUUUACGGGCCCACACUCCCGUCUGGGCCGAUCGACACGUACGUGCACGAGCGGCCGUACGCGGCGCCGUACCCGGAGCCGUACCCCGUGGUCCAGAACGUGCCCGUGGAGCGCUUCGUCCACCGCACGCUGGUCAAGAACGUGCCGCACCCGGUGCCAGUGGUGGACCCGGUGCCCGUGCCGGUGCCCGUGCCGCGCGUGCGCCCCGUGCCCGUGCCGGUGCCGGUGCCGCGUGUGCGUCCGGUGCCCGUGCAGAGCAACCACUUCCACUACCGGCAGCUGAACGUGCCCCUGCCGUACUAAGCACAGCUCUGGGGGUGGGCUCUAGAGCAGUGACAGGAGCAGCAUCCACAGCAAGUUAGCAGCAGGCAGCGACAGCGGCCACUGACGCAGCAGCAGGCGACUAUCCCGGGGCGACAGCGCCGAGCGAACCAGAACACGUGACACCAAACAUGUUCGAGUGAUGGAGUCCCUCCUUUCAGCGAGCAUGCUGCCGUCGGACAUAUGAUGCCUGAUUUACCUGUGAAAAUACCGGAGAAGCAUCUGACACAUCAUCCGAUGUUUUCUCAUAGGCGCUGUGGAUCUUGUCAUUUAAGUGCAAACUCAAUGCAUUUUAACUCUUUGAACCUUGUGUUUAUAAUUGGUAGCUAUCUCGCACUUGAAUAAGUCUCUCACCUGAAAAGCCAGGGCGGCCUAGAGUCACGUGCAAAACACCAUCGGUACAUACCAGACCAGCGCACUGUAGCGCGCUGGUCUUGCACCUAUGUAAUGACGUCGCCAAAAAGUCAUUCCGUAUUUAUAUGCAGUAUGCGAGUGACGUGCGAAUACAUAUAUCAAUCAAUGUUUUAAA